AGUCAUCUCGGUGUAGCGUGCUUACGUAUGCGUCAGUAAUUUUCAGACGACUCCAGCAAAUUGACUGCGUAAAACUCCAAGAAGAGGGUGUUUGUACAUUUUGGUACUGUAUUUGGGACACAACUUAUCGGAACAUAUUUUACGUUGUGUGAAUGUAGAUGCUUCAUGUAUAUACCUAUUUAAAUACUCUCCCAGACUAUCUGGAAACAACGAAGCCGCUUGUUCUUAAACCAUCGACAUGUUCAAGCGCGGAUCUAAAAAACGACGGUCGAAUCGCUCGCAGGAGGAGGAAGACCCAGACCGGGGACAACCAUGUAUAAGAUGUGGAGACCAGUGUCCUGGCUUUCGCAUGCAUGGCUGGAGAAAGAUUUGUGUGCACUGUAAGUGUGUGCGUGAGGAGCAUGCAGUGCGGGCGGUGCCGGGCCAGCUGGAGAGGAUGAUGAUGAAGCUGGUUUCAGACUUCCAAAGACACUCCAUCUCUGAUGACGACUCGGGCUGUGCAUCCGAGGAGUACGCCUGGGUCCCACCUGGACUCAAGCCUGAACAGGUGUAUCAGUAUUUCAGCUGUAUCCCGGAGGACAGAGUGCCCUAUGCUAACAGCUCAGGAGAGAGGUACCGCAUCAAACAGCUCCUUCACCAGCUACCAGCCCACGACAGUGAGCAUCAGUACUGUAACCAUCUGGAUGAGGAGGAGAAGAAGGAGCUUUGUCUGUUCAGUCAGCAGAGGAAGAGGGAGAACCUGGGCAGAGGCAUGGUCAGACUGUUCCCUGUCACCAUGACCGGAGCCAUCUGCCAACAGUGUGGCAGACAGAUCUAUGGUGGGGACAUUGCAGUGUUUGCCAGCCGAGCGGGGCACGGUAGCUGUUGGCACCCUCAGUGUUUCCAGUGUGCCUCGUGCACUGAGCUGCUGGUAGACCUCAUCUACUUCUACCAGGACGGACAGAUCUACUGCGGCCGGCACCACGCUGAGAGAAUGAAACCACGCUGCCAGGCCUGUGAUGAGAUCAUUCUAGCAGAUGAGUGUACGGAGGCAGAGGGCCGACACUGGCACAUGAAGCAUUUCUGUUGUUUUGAGUGUGAGGCAGCGUUGGGAGGGCAGCGGUACAUCAUGAGAGAGAGCCGGCCGUACUGCUGCUCCUGCUAUGAGUCCUUCUAUGCAGAGUACUGUGACACCUGUGGGGAACACAUAGGUAUAGACCAGGGUCAGAUGACCUAUGAGGGCCAGCACUGGCAUGCAGCCGAGUCGUGUUUCUGCUGUGCCCGCUGUCGGCUCCCCCUGCUGGGGCGACCCUUCCUCCCGCGUGGGGGCCUUAUCUUCUGCUCCAGGCCCUGCUCCCUGGGAGAGGACCCAGAUAACUCAGACUCGUGUGACUCUGCCCUCCAGAGCCGGCCUCCGCAGCACAGACACUGUGAGACUGCAGAGAAGAUCCAACAGUCGCAGCGCUGCUCCCCACAGCAACCACCAGAGGGAGCCAACAUCCCUGUUGUCCCAGGAAAAGACUGUGUUCAUGCUGCACAGGAAAAUAAAGGUGUUCACAUCUCUACUGAUGUUCCAAAUGGAGUCUCCCCACCACCCAACGGUCAUCGUAACCUCAGAAGGUCCUACUCUCCACUUCCCCACUGUCGCUUAGCCAAUGGCUGGGCACCAUCUUGGCCUGUCGACCAAUCUCUCAACAGUUUGCACACUGGAGACUGUGACAAGCAUCCAGGCAGUAAUCUGGAGUUUUUAGGAGAGCCCAACGGCUACGCUGGACACCCUCUCACCAGUUUCAGUAGAGGAACUUCUACUGCAAAGGACUGUGGGAACUGGGUGGAGAAGAGUAGUCAAGUUACGAAAGUGUUUCCUCCCCCGAGGAAUUCCUCCUUACCUGCAUCACUAAACCACACCAGUCCUGCUGACCCGCCGCCCCUCCCAGCCCCUCUACCCACCAAGUCUCGUGAUUUGAUGACCAAGCCAAAUCUGCACCAACCAGAACCAAGCUCCCCUGACCAUAGUCCCCAAUCAUUUCGCAGUGGGACAGCCAGGGUCAGCUUCCGAGAGCCAAUCAGCUGCAGCUACUCUGUGAAUGAGGAGGAGGAAGAAGAAGAAGAAGAUGAGGAGAAAGGAGAAGAUGAGGAGAAAGGAGAAAAGGAAGAAGAACAGGUGGAGAGGGAGGAAGAGGAUGGAGGUUUUGGGCGCAGGUUACAUAUGGAGAAGGGCAUUCCACCUCAAAUGGACCUACUGGAUGGUUCAUACCAACAUCGUAGUUUACGGCGGGGGUGGAACCGCGGCCGUGUGGCCUCCGACUCCAUUCUCCACCUAGGCACAGAGACACGCUUCCGUCACUCUCUGCCUGAUCGGCCCCGUCUGGAUGCUCUAGAAUGGAGAGGACAGCGGGAGAGUGCUUCCCUCUCUUCCCACACAGAGCCCCUGUCACUCACCCUCCAGCCAGCCCAGUACAACAAACACGAGGACUCCUGCUCAACCUGCUCCUCCUCCUCAGAAUCAGAGGAAGAGGGUUACUUCUUGGGGCAGCCCAUCCCCUUGCCCCCCCAGCUAACCCGAAGGCCCCCGUCGGUGGACGGAGAGGGGGAUGGAGAGACGAAAGGAGUGAAGGACAGGGGUUUGAGGAACAGCCUGAGAAGGAGGAAGAGGAGAGCAAAUAGCCUUGGCGCAAAGGACAAAGACACAAACUGUGCAAUCUCCUAACUUUGACCCUCACAGACCCAGUGAAAGUUAUUCUUAUUCAACAAGCAAGCCAAUGUUCAAUAUCACAAAAAUAAAUCUGUAAUAUGUUGGUAUUCCUUUGGGAUACUUUGAACACAAUACUCCUAUGCAGCAGACUUAUUCAAAGAUGGAGUAAACUACUGUACUAUGACGUAUCACAUAUUAGCGUUCAGAAUAUGAUUUAAAAUAUUUUUUUAUGCGUUUUAUAUUUGUAUAUUGUUUCGGGCACGUUUUUGCACAGUAAAAUGAAACUUGCAUCCAUUUGGGAAGUCUGUAUGCUUCUGUAAGGAAACAUCACUGCGGGCCUGUAGUGCAUGUUACAGCAUUAGAACAAGCAAAGGAUUUACUCCAAAAAGGCAGGAAAUUCACUUUGCAUGAUAUUAUUCAAGUUAAUUUGUGGAGAGAGAACUCUCAUUCCAGUAUAAACAUAUACGCAUUUAUUGUGGGAAGUUAUUCUUACUGACCUUACAGUAAGGAUUUGAGGAUUCCUUCUCAGAGUCUACCUUUCUUUGUAGUUUAAACAUUUUAAAUUGAACCUUUAUUUAACUAGGCAAGUCGGUUAAGAACAAAUUAUUAUUUACAAUGACGGCCUACCCUGGCGACACUGGGCCAAUUGUGCGCCAGCCUAUGGGACUCCCAAACACGGCCGGAUGUGGUAAAGCCUGAAUCUGAACCAGGGACUGUAGUGGUGCCUCUUGCACUGAGAUGCAGUGCCUUAGACCAAUGCGCCGCUCGGGAGCCCGGUAACUGAGUCUUCAUGGGCAUUUGGCCCUCUCUCACAGUUUCCACACAGAGUUCUUCAGCAAAGAAUGUGGUGACAGUUGUUCUCAACCACAUUCUUCCAACAAGCCAAUCCGAUAUAAACUAAGAUUGACUUUUUUCAAAUGUUUUUGUAGCCUACUGGUUUUGUCUUUGGUGUUAUAUGCAAUGUUACACAGUUAUGAAUCACCAAAUAGUUGGUUAAAUACUCUGGGAGAGCAGUGAGUACUAAAAUUAAGAAUGUCAGGCCCACACAGUGAGAUUCAAAGGCUAUCUGUACACAAUAACCUGGGCUGUGAAUGGUGUGUAUGUUCAUGUGUGUCUGUGUAAAGUAAACUUUGUUUCCAUUUUGA